AUGCUCGCAGAAUCAGGACUUCUUAAUGGUUCUCCCAAUGCCUACGUCAGUUUCUUCCGCUACUUGUUCUGCGAUCAUGAUCUCACCUUCACUGCCUAUCUAGUGCGCAAAGGCUUUGAAAUACUUGGUAAGAAUUCGUUUCGUUUUGAGUAG